AAAAAGGUCAGUUGAGAUGAGGCCCGUCACGGCGUUAAAGUUGCGACUUAGCAGGAGGCCGUGAAACUCGGUGGCCGGAAAGGGCAAGCUGCUGCUGCUGCUACUGCUGCUGCUUCUUCUUCUUCUUCAGAUUUCUGAUAGGUUGAAGGAAGAAGUAGGAAAUGUUUCUCAAAGUGCAGUUACCAUGGAAUGUCAUAAUUCCUGCUGAAAACUUAGACGCAAAGGGCUUGAUGCUCCAAAGGUCUAUUAUAAUUCGUCUACUGGAUGAAUUUGCCACAAAAAAGGCCACAAAGGAUCUCGGCUAUUUCCUCGCAGUUACGACUCUUGAAAAUAUAGGAGAAGGGAAAGUUCGUCAGACAGGUGAUGUCUUGUUUCCAGUUAUUUUUAGUGGUAUCACCUUCAAACUUUAUAGGGGAGAGAUCUUGGAAGGGGUUGUUCACAAGGUUCUCAAGCACGGUGUUUUCUUGAGAUGUGGCCCUGUUGAGAACAUAUAUCUCUCUUACCUGAAAAUGCCAGAUUACCGCUAUGUGCCGGGUGAGAAUCCCGUCUUCUUGAAUGACAAGCUCUCAAAAAUUGAGAAAGAUGUAGUAGUACGUUUUAUUGUCAUUGGAACGAAGUGGCUCGAGGCCGAAAGGGAGUUUCAGGCACUAGUAAGUUUGGAGGGUGAUUAUUUAGGGCCUGUUUCUUAGUGAAUUUCUGGCACUGUACUGUUAAGUUUGUACUGUGUAUAUAUAAACAAAAUCAAGUCAUCUUCAGGAUGGAACAAUGUGUAGGUGACAUUAUUAAGUGAAGCUAAAUGUUUGUAGGAAGUUUCUUGGACGAUGGAUGGUAGGCCUGUAAUGCAAUUUGCUAUCAUGUUAUUUUCUUCAUCUUUGUUAAGCUCUUAAGACUUGAUUAUAUUGUUUAGACGGAUAUUGAAUAUCUAUGUUUGUUUUACUGAUUUC